AUGGCUGUGGUGGCUGUUGAGGAACCAAAGGAAGAACCUGAGAUUUUCGAGCCGCCGCCGAAAGUCGUCAUUACGCCUUGCGAUCCAUGGCCGCGACCAUAUUAUCUCGAAGACGGGUUGAGACGAGUUGCGCCAUAUCAUUUCACAUACAAUACCUUCUGCAAAGAGCGAUGGAGAGGACGUGGCCUGCUCGAGAUCUUCUCUGAAGAGUUUCGUGACAGGCCGGUUGAGUACUAUAGGAGCGCGAUAGAGUCGGGCGCAGUACAGAUCAACGGCAAGACGGUUCCAUCGGUAGACACACCUGUCAAGAAUGGCGAUGUCAUUAGUCACACAAUGCACAGGCAUGAGCCCCCAGUCACUGGCCAGCCGGUGGGUGUGGUGCAUGAAGAUGAAGGUCUCAUAAUCAUCAACAAGCCUGCAGGGGUGCCGGUGCAUCCUGCAGGACGAUACAACUACAAUUCAGUGGUGGAAAUUAUGCGGGCGGAGCGAGGUCACCAAUUCAAUCCGCUUCCAUGCAACAGGCUUGAUCGUCUCACUAGCGGCGUCAUGUUCAUUGCCAAAGACAAGCAGACAGCGGUUAGUAUAACAGAGCAACUAAUGGGCAGGACAAUUCGCAAAGAGUACGUCGCUAGAGUGAAGGGGCGAUUCCCCGAUGGCGAUAUCAUCUGCGAGCAGCCCAUUCUACAAAUAUCGCCCAAGCUUGGUCUGAACAGAGUCCGGGCAAACGGGAAGGAAGCACGGACAGUAUUCAAGCGUCUUGCCUACUACCCUCCGCGAGAACCAGGAGUCGAUGCCAACGGACAGCCAAAGGAAGGAUACAGCAUUGUCAGAUGUCGACCGCUUACAGGACGCACACAUCAGCUACGUGUGCAUCUGCAAUUUCUAGGACAUCCCAUAUCGAACGAUCCGAUAUACUGCAACCAGAGAGUCUUCGGGCUCGAUCUCGGCAAAGGCUCUAGCAGCGGAGACAACGACGAGGAUAUCAUGACCAGACUAUCACGUAUGGGCAAGACUGAAGUUGCCGAAGCCGUUGCAUAUCAUGAUGAGAUGGUCGAUGAAUAUAAUCGCAAAAAGGCCGAGAAGAUGACUGGUCAGCUUUGCGAUAUCUGUCAAACACCGCUCUACAGUGACCCGGGAUCGCACGAGCUAGGCAUCUAUCUACACGCCAGGAAAUACGAGUGUGCCGAAGGAAACUGGAACUACGAGACUUCUCUCCCUGAGUGGGCUCUUCCACCGCCUGGAUACGAAGGACCAAAAGACGCAACCGACGAAUCAGAUCCACUUGCCGUGGAUGUCGAAAAGCUCACUCUCAAUGGGAACACCGAAAGCGAGAGCACUGCUACCCAAAGUGCAGCUACUGGUUGA